GCAGCAGCAGCUCACGGCCCGAGGAACAGGCAUUCGCCAGGAGAGAGAGAGAGGAAGAGAGGAUGGACCGAGCCCCGUCACAAUAAAACCGUUCUCUCCUACGACGGCCGCGUUGCGCAGAGAGAGGCCGGCAGAGCUGAGCCUGCAGUCACAGUCACAGGGAAGGGGAGAAGAAAGAGAGAGGUGCGGAGAUGGCAUCCAGCUGUUCGUCUCCUGCUCCGUCGCCAUGGCUCUCUCGCCACAUCCUCCUCGUCGUGGCUGUCGUGCUGCUCGGCCAGGGCGGCGAGGCCAGGCCGCCGCCGCCGCUUCACGGCGUACAGCCCAUGGCGUUCGACGAGGGGUACACCCAGAUCUUCGGCAGGGACAACCUCGCCCUCCGCCGCGAGGGAAAGCGCGUCCACCUCUCCCUCGACGAGUCCACCGGCGCCGGGUUCGCCUCGCAGGACCUCUUUCUCCACGGGUUCUUCAGCGCCGCAGUGAAGCUCCCCGCCGACUACGCGGCCGGCGUCGUCGUCGCCUUCUAUCUAUCGAACGGCGACGUGUACGAGAAGACCCACGACGAGCUGGACUUCGAGUUCCUGGGCAACGUGCGCGGGCGCGAGUGGCGAGUGCAGACCAACGUGUACGGCAACGGCAGCACCAGCGCCGGCCGAGAGGAGCGCUACGACCUCCCCUUCGACCCCACUGACGACUUCCACCACUACUCCAUCCUCUGGACACAGCACCGCAUCAUAUUCUACGUGGACGAGACGCCGAUCAGGGAGGUGGUAAGGACGGAGUCCAUGGGCGCGGCGUUCCCUUCCAAGCCGAUGUCGCUCUACGCCACCAUCUGGGACGGCUCCGCCUGGGCCACCCUGGGCGGCCGCUACAGGGUCAACUACAAGUACGCGCCCUUCGUGGCCGAGUUCGGCGACCUCGUCCUCCAGGGCUGUCCCGUCAACCCCAUCGACAACUCCGCGUCCGCGUCCGCGACGGCGUGCGGCGCAACGCCAUGGUACGAGCCGGUCGCGCUGUCCGCCGAGCAGGGCGUGGCCAUGGCGGGAUUCAGGCGCGGCCACAUGUCCUACUCCUACUGCCACGACCGCCUCCGGUACCCUGUGGCCCUAACGGAGUGCGAUGGCCGCGCCACCCGGCUGUUCGGGCCGGACGGGAUGAAGCGGCACCGCCGUGGCGGAGGGCGCGGCCGCCGCUCCGACGUCGCGAUGUGAUCCCGCCAUGACUGGCAUGGUGCGCGGGCCACGGCGAUUGUUCCAGGGUUGUGUAUAGAUGCCGGCAUGGGCCGGGGCGGCGUACUUCGCAUUGGGUGAUUGUGCGUGGUGGUGGAGACCGGUCGGAAUUUAUGUAUGCCCCGUUGUUUGUCACAAAGGUUUCGCCCGCGGUGGGUACACAGCUCACGCGCGCAUUCUACUCCCGCUGGCGUCCUCAUCCGGCAUUCGCCGUGGGGGUGAGUGAGAGUACUAGCUAGCUAGCGUUUAUUGUCUCCUUGGACCAUGCACCCGUGCCAUUGAUGAUCAAUUUGACAACGUUAGAUUUUUUCGAGCUCCCAA